CUAGCUGUCUCGCUUCCAGGGGUCCGUCAGCAGAGAGAUCGAACCAUUAACUACACAUCACCUCGAUGGCGAGCGAAUCGUGUCCUCUACUGGUGCAGCUGCUGUUGUGAUUACUAGAAGGAUAGUACGAGGACACAUCACCCAGGAACGGUAUGACGGCGGUAGGUAAACCGAUGGCCCCAAGCUUCACCGCUUCGGGAGCCGGAACCGUAUCAAAGAAGUGGAACUCGGCGUCUCUGGACCUCAACCUAACGCUGGAAACCGUCGUGCGGAUUGCGCUGACCUGUCUCUACAUUGGCCUCGAGUUUAAGGCACCGUUUGUGCGCAAAGUGCAACCGGAGGAGCUGUGGAUGUAUCGGAAUCCGCGCACCGAAAGCUACGUUCCCCUCACGAUGCUUUGGCCUGUGGUGCUCGGUGUGCCGGGACUGGUGUUCACUCUCUUUUACAUGCAAACGCGUGACCGACAGGAUCUGCGGUGUACGGUCCUGGCGUUUACGCUAGGCCUCGGUCUGAAUGGGGUCAUAACGAACACGAUUAAGCUGGCAGUCGGACGGCCACGGCCCGAUUUCUUCUGGCGUUGCUUCCCGGACGGUGUGGUAAACGAAGCCCUUCACUGUACCGGAACCGAUCUACGGGCACUGGACGAUGGUCGCAAAAGUUUCCCCUCGGGACACUCGUCCUUUGCUUUCGUGGGACUCGGAUUCCUUACUUGGUAUUUAAUCGGCAAGCUGCACCUCAUGAACGAGCGUGGCCGUGGCCGAUCCGUGCGGGUCAUUGCAGCCGGUCUGCCGUCUUUCGUCGCGCUACUGAUUGCGAUCAGUCGCACGUGUGACUAUCACCAUCACUGGCAGGAUGUGACGGUUGGUUCACUGAUCGGGGUGGUACUCUCGUACAUCUGCUACCGCCAGUAUUACCCUGCGUUCACGGAACGUAACUGCCAUCUGCCGUAUCUUUGGCAAUCGAUGGUGGCAGUAUCGCCACAGCAGCACUCACCAUCCCACACAAGCCCUCACCACCGAUCGCUGGCUGCGAUGAAACGAGCAAACCAACAGCACGUAUCAUCGACUGCGACCGGUAACAUGGAUUCACCCAUGAGGACACUAUUGCUCUCCAAUCAGUCACACGAUUCGGCGUUACAACGUAACGGUGAUGGUGCUGUCGAAGAAUCGGACAGUGAAACGCAGAGGCUACUCUCGUCUGCUGCUGCUUCUACACCUCCCGACCAGAAAGAGGCUAAAUGGAUCUAACUUCCAACCCCCUAAAACUGAAUUCACCGAUUAGCAUUAAGGAAUUGUGUCUGUAUUCCUGUUUUUUUUUAAAUACAAAACGAUACACAAGCAAAGGAA